AGAGCAGCUGCAGGGAAAGCAGCUGCACGGACACAUGCGCUCGGCUGCUGUGUGCGUGGGGGGGUGAGUGUGGUUUGUGUGUCGCUGGAGGGCUUCCCUCUUGGAAAUUCUGGGAUUAAUGACACAUUAAGCCCUCUCCAAGAGACUGGAUUGAAAGAAAGAGGGAAAAAAAAAGAAAGAAAGAAAGAAAUUGCAACAGGCAGGCAGGCAGGCUGAUGUGUUUUCCUGCAAAGUUUAGGACUUCAAAAGUUAACUUCUAAGCAACUGCAGAUGCAUGGAUAAAAGCUGCCUUGGACACUAUGCAGCAGCCCUUACCUUCCCACCAGCAUCUCCAACUUGUUGCCUGCCUCUGCUGGAUUCCCCUGUUGGCCAUUAGCAGUGAGUCAGCUCCAUUAGCUCCCGAGUGCUCUCCAGCUGGACAUCGCAUUCUCCGCAGCCCAUACCGCAGCACCAGGUUUGACUCGCUGGAGCUGCAGCGAACGUCUGCUCAGGACCUGGUGUGUGACCACUCGCUGCCACCAGCAUGGUACCGGUUCAUGAUCAACAACACGCCUGCGGAAAUGCCAACGAGAUGCAUUGAAAUGAACAAAUGUGGGACACAAGCUCCAGUGUGGCUGUCACUGAAGUCUGAAUCCCUGCCAGCUCCGGGUGAAAGCAAGCACUUGACAGCAUGUGCUACCUGGCAGGUCUUUGGGGGCACCAAGGACUGCUGCUUGUUCUGGAUACCCAUCACUGUCAGGAACUGCAUCGAGUUCUUUGUUUAUCUCUUGCAGCCGACUCAAGGAUGCAUGGGCUACUGUGCAGAAGAAAAACUCCCAAGCCUGACUUUGCAGCCAGUGAUAACUCCCGAGCUUGUGAGAGGUCGCGCCCACCUGAAAUGUGCCUACAGCUCACCUGGCUGGGGGCUGAGCUACACGGUUCUGUGGUCACGUCUGGUCGCCUCAGGCAGGCAGGAGCAGAUCCAUCAGGACACCACCCUGCAGAUGUGUUCCUACCUGGACAUAAGCAGCGGACACCUCCAGCUGGGAGACACAGUCUUCUGCACUGUCACUGCAUUUGCGAGGGACACUCCUGAGCAGCGGUCAUUGCCUGAGCAGAGCAAAGGUUUCUACGCUGGGAUUAAGUUUUUACCAGAAUCGCUACAAAUUGCAGAAGAUGGCAAGGAGCACGUGUUGACCAUCCUGAGCACUGUGCCUAUUACCUGUUCUGGGCACAACGAUUCGUGUAAAAUCACAUUACGGCUCAGUACUGAGGAUCUGGAUAGCCAAUUACUGGGGGCCCCAAACAUCGUCCUCUCAGCAUGCCAGGUGGAUCUGGUGCCGGCGCCCUGCUCAGAAGGCAGCUGUGCAGCAGCUGUACUAACAGUGACAGCCGUCACCGACUUUGCUCAGGAUGGAAACCGCGUCAGCCACAUCAGAGCCGAACCAGUCGGACACAGAGAUGUGCUUUGGAGGGCUCACGCCUCAAAGGAUGUAAAGGUCACAGUUCAAGACCUCCCAACAGGGAACUGCUACUCUUUCACUGAUCCACACAUUAUCACGUUUGAUGGAUGGCGUUACGAUAACUAUAAAAUCGGCACCUUCCUUUUGUGCCAGAGCACGUCGCGGGCAUUCGAAGUGCACGUCCGUCAGUGGGACUGCGGGGGACACCGCUCUGCCACUGCCUGCAACUGUGGGGUGGCUGCACGGGAGGGGAGCGACGUCGUCCGCCUGGACGCCUGCAGUGGGCACUUUCGGGACAGCAGGCCGCAGCUCAACGUCCAAAGUACUGAGGCAUCGCCACAGGUCAAAAUCCUAACGUCCUACGGAGGGAGAAAGAUAACAAUCCUGUUCCCUUCAGGAGCGUUCAUUCGAGCCGAUGUGAGCGAAUGGGGAAUGGGUUUGACAGUGAGGACACCAAGCAGUGACUUCAACAGCACCAGAGGUUUGUGUGGCCUCUUUGAUGGGAUCGGUCACAACGACUUGAACAAUGUGCCUGAGGAAGACUUCAUAGAGGAGUGGAGAAUACCUCCGGGGAAGAGUUUAUUUGACAAAACUCCAGCAUCUUCAGAAGGGAAGCAAAGGAAAAAUUACUGCAGAUGCCAGAAGGAGAGCACAAAGUCCAUGCCCUUGGUAAAGACGCUGAAUGCCUUUCAGACGCAAUCUCCUGGUUGUCAUUAUGAUAACGUGGAUUACACUUUUGCAAUCCCAUAUCUGGAUGUUACAUCAGAGUUUGUCACUCGCUCAGGCAAAGAGUUUGCUUCAAGAGAUGAUGGGAAACAGUCGCCCAAGUCUUUUGAUCAAAGAUCUCUGCCUAAAUCAAUCAAAAAGCGAGGUAGCCACGAGGAGCAAUUAAAACCCUUCUCACAUAAUGCUUCCAUGAAAAACAACAGUUCCCUUAACUUUACCAAGCCAUCAGAAGAACUACAGAGACCAAAAAGACAAGAAGACUACUUUGAAUACUCAGCCCCUCACCCACUGCAUAGCCCAAGCCAGACAGACACAGAAAGCUUUGCCUAUUUUUUCCCAGAGGAUUAUUUUGAAGGGAUUCGGAUAAAACUCCCACUGGGAUGGCCCACUCCCAAUGGCCUAACCUCCGCCAAAGCUCAGGAGAUUUGCCACCGAAUUCUUGCAAAUUCCACCAUUGGCUUAGUGUGUAAGGUUCUCCUGGGAAAACUGAUAGAUGAGGCCAUCAAUAUAUGCAUGUUAGAUCUGCAGCUCAAGGAUGACGUGGCCUGGGUGAGGGCACUGAUAGCACUUUUGGAAAAUGAAUGUGAAAGACGAGUGCUAAGGAACAGAGGUAAAGUGUUUCGUGUUGGAAGCCAGCCAUCUGCUACCCAGGAGGAAAUCCUUACCAUUCUCCGCUGUCCUGCUUUCUGUAACGGCAAUGGACAAUGUACAGACCUGGGCUGCCAAUGCUUUGAAGACCACAGCUCCUAUGAUUGUAGCACUGCCAAAAAGCAAGCUCUGGAAAUCACAAGCUUGGAGAACAGGGGCCUAUGCGAUAUCCGCACCUCUGACUGCAGUCGUGUCCGGGUGUUUGGCGUUGGCUUCAAGGAUUCUCCCCAUCUGCACUGCGAAGUCACCAGAUUAAUUCAUCUCAACGGCGAAUGGAUAUCAAGAGAGCAAGAAACCACACGAGCAGAUUUUCUCAGCUCUAAGGCUGUUGACUGCCAGAUUCCUCUCCUGAACAUUACAGAGACGGAGGCUGUGCACUUUGUAGCUGGCGAUGAGCCGUUCGCAAGAUGGCAAGUGAAAAUCACUGAUGAUGGCUUCCUGUACAGUAAUUCCAGAGUGUUGACCCUGUACGACGCAGUCUGCCAGGCCUGUGAAUCCCAUCCAACCGGACUUUGUAAAUUAAAGGACAAUACUUGUAAUAUAGAUGGACUUUGCUAUGGGGAAGGAGAGUCAAGCCCUGCCAGUCCUUGCCUUCUCUGUGAACCUGACAUUUCUAAGUUCACCUGGUCUAUUAAUGAAAACAACCUGCCUCCUGUGUUCCAGGCCCCCUCCAGCCAGCUGCUGACAUUUAUUGGUGAGAAUUUUGUUUACCAGUUAACAGCGGUGGAUCCGGAAGGGUCAGCUGUACUAUUCAUCUUAGAGGCUGGGCCACAGGAUGCCAGGCUCUCUCCCGCUGGCCUUCUUAUCUGGAAAGUUGAUUCAGAAGAAAUGCAGACCUUUGAAUUCACUGUGUCGGACGAAUGCAAUGCGCAGAGCAGAUACACUGUUGAGGUUCAAGUGAAGCCCUGCAGCUGUCUCAAUGGUGGAACGUGUGUUACCAAUAUUAAAUUCCCUCCGGGCCUUGGUGAAUAUCUGUGUUUAUGUCCAAAUGGAUUUGAUGGAGGGUUUUGCCAGGAAGAUAUUAACGAGUGCAAAUCAAACCCGUGCAAAAGUGGAACAUGUGUGGAUGGUGUGGACAGCUAUGCUUGUCAAUGUCCCCCUGGUUUAGGAGGGCUUACUUGUCAGGAAGACAAGAAUGAAUGCGAAGAGGGUCUGUGUUUUCCUGGAGUGUCCUGCAUGAACACCUUUGGAUCAUAUGUAUGUGGAAUUUGUCCGAGUGGGAUGGAGGGAAAUGGUAAAACUUGCAAAUCUGUGCUUGCUGCUGACUUUACAAAAGCUUUAAUCAUUGACAACAACAAUGGCAAAGGUGAUAUGAACAAAACUGAGGUUGAGUGGCCACUGCAAACCUUAGAGGCAAAGAAUUCUCCUGUAAUUAAGAACUUUAACAUAAGCGAUAAUCUUGGCCACGCAGCACAUCAGCCCCGCGUUACCACCUGUGCCAACAGGCCAUGCUUUCCUGGAGUGCUGUGUUUUGAUAGGAAACCCCCUUACGUUGGCUAUGUCUGUGGCCGAUGUCCAACAGGGUUUUUUGGAAAUGGCCGAAUCUGCAGCAAAGCCCCCAGACCAGUUUCAAGACCUUCCCAAAGCCAUACAGAUGUUGCUGAAAGAAAUAGUGAAGAUGCCAGAGGCUCUCAUCAGGAAGGCAAGACAUCAAGAAACGUUUAUUCCCUUCUUUCCCAAACCCAAAUUCCGAGGCAACAAACUACAUACUCUGUGGAAAGAAACCACACAGUCAUUAAUACAGCAUUCUUUACAAUGAAAAGGAAGAUUUCCCAGGCUCAGACGCUGUCAGCAAAAAUACCUGAUAUGGAGUCCACUGUAUCUGAGAAACAGACUUCUAUUGAAAAAAGAAGUCAUACACACACUUUCCCUCUGCAUGAGGAGCCAGAUCCCAAAACAGCAGCUGUCAAUGUGACAACUCAUACCCCUGUGCAUUUUAAACAAUACAAGCCAGGAACAAGACGGACCAUUCCUUCUCAUCUCAACACAAAUGCAAGCUCAUUCUUCGCACGACUGCAUGCUGUUCAGCAAGCUCAUUCCAGAUACAGCUCGUCCCCCAGAAAAUGGCCCAGUCAUAUUACAGGCUCAAAGACUGAACUCUCCAAAAAUCUCCUAACAGAGCAGCAGAAAGCUUCUUCUUUGGAAACACCCCUCACAUCCUCUUUGCAUGAAAUAGGUUCUUCUCUUGACACAGCUCCACAGAGUGCCAGUGUCCUGCCUGGACCUGCUACCCCAGCAAGGCUUCCAGCACAGACCGCGGCCCUCAGAAAGGCAUCCAGUGUAGCGAUUGACCACGUGGAACUGCCAAAACCCAUCAGUGGGUCUCAUCAGAAAGCCCUCUGUGGUUCAGAGUCAUGCUUUAGUGGUGUGCAAUGUGAGCUAGCCAAAGAUGGAGGAUUUAAAUGUGGGUCUUGUCCCAGUGGAUACAGCGGUAAUGGAAUUACAUGUGAAGUGCAGUGUGACCCACCGUGUGAGCACGGAGGAACUUGUGUAGCUCAGAAUACUUGUUCUUGUGCCUAUGGAUUUGUUGGUCCGCGAUGUGAAACGAUGGUGUGUAACAGGCACUGCCAUAACGGCGGGGUUUGUGUGUCACCAGACGAGUGCAAAUGCAGAAGUGGAUGGAGCAGCCCUUCCUGUGAAAUAGCUGUGUGCAAUCCCGUGUGCUUAAAUGGAGGAAUCUGUGUGCGACCAAAUACUUGCACGUGUCCUUACGGUUUCUAUGGGCCCCGGUGCCAGAGAGCUGUCUGCAUUCCUCCUUGUAAGAAUGGUGGCCACUGUGUUCGAACCAACGUGUGCUCCUGCACGGAGGGCUACACUGGAAGAAGAUGCCAGAAAAGUGUCUGUGAUCCCGUGUGCAUGAAUGGAGGGAAAUGUGUAAGCCCAAAUGUCUGCGACUGCCCAUCUGGUUGGAGAGGAAAGCACUGUAAUAAACCUGUUUGCUUGCAGAAAUGCCUGAAUGGUGGAGAAUGUAUAGGUCCAAACAUCUGUGAGUGCCCUGAAGGAUGGGUGGGAAUGCUGUGCCAGACCCCAAUUUGUGAGCAAAAAUGUCUGUUUGGAAGCAGAUGCAUAAAACCAAAUGUCUGUGCUUGCAGAAGUGGCUAUACUGGGUCAGCAUGUGGAAAGAAGCUACCAACAGGAUGAAGAUAACAGCAGGACAAUGAAGACAAUCAUUUGGGUAUUGAUAAUCCCAAACUGAGUGCAUUUUUCAUUUGGGAAGACACGGUGAGAAGACAUCGCUGCUUCUCUCCCUUCUACUCUCCUAUAACCACAAGGAAAAUAAGGAAAAAUUAAAACACCAAGGCAUAUGUCAAUAAACAGACCUCUGCUUUCAAAACUGCCUGUGGCUAGGCUCACAUUCCUGAUCCGCAGAUGUAACAUCACCAUCACAGUGGCAACCCCUGCCCACAAACAAAGACAAAGACUUUUAUUGUCCUGUUACUCUGCUUUCACUAAAACCUGAAGGCACAUAUAAAUGUCUUCAUUUCUGCCAGUUUUUUGUUUGUUUGUUUGUUUAACAGGUUCUUUCUCCAGAGAAAAUAAGUACAUAAGCUCCCACUUCAACUGACAAAGACUACCAAGGGAAGGACCUCAAUAAUAUUUAUUGAUACUAGCUCCAUCCUGUAGUGUCAUUCCAUUGAGUAACUGCUAGAGCCAAACGCUUUAGUUUUCUACGUUGCCAACGUGCCAGCAUUUACUUAAGGAGGUAUCAACACAAUGCAUGAUGAAAUACUGGCAUUUGGUUGUAUCUACACAUGUUCUCUUUUGCCCUCAGUCAUCACUACACGUUGCUCCCAUGCAAGUCAAUGGUUGACAUGCUAAGGAUACGAGGUCCCACAUAGCCAUCUCAACUUAAUCCCUGGAAACAGUUUAGAAAACUAGCUUUUUAAUGAUACAAAGAUGCUUUCUGAAAUGCUCUCAAAAACUCAUACUCCAUUCAGUAAAUUCAGAUCUACAGAAUGCUACCUCUGAGUGCUUCAUCACACAGCAUGGUUUUGAUGUAAGAUGGGAUGGAGCAGCGGCACAAAACCCAGAAAAAAGAUGGAAGGUGUGAAAAGAAGGGAAUAAAGCAAUUAAUUACAAAUUCACUUGAAAAGCAUUUUAAACUGUCACCUCAUACAACUUUCAGGUUCAGUAAAGUAAACCCCAAAUCGUCUUCUGAGCAUUCAUGCUCUCUUUUUAUUUGUCUGACUGGGUGAUUCAGAACAACUGUAGAUCAAAACGUCUGUGUCCUGAUGCAGGAAUACAGAAGCUUUGACAUUCCCUCCCUCUUCCAGAAGAAAUUUGAAGAGAACAAUCAUAAAAUAAGGAUCUUUUGAUUGAACCUUCAAGGCUGCAACAGCAACUAGAUGUAAGGUUUGAUCUGACCCUUGCUGUCAAUUUCUAAGAAUAAAAAAUACCAACUGAAAGACUUCAGAAUACUGCAAAUUAAGCGAUGAAAAAGCUAGGAAAAACUGCCAGUACUGCAACUGACAGAAUCAUUCCUCCUCCCUUUUUUCCCAGCUCAUAAUAGUAGCAUUUUUUUUUUUAUCCACAGCUAACUUUGUAUAUAGCAAAAUGCUUUUAUAUGCAUCCAUUCUGUCUUCAAAUAAAUGGUUUUCUAUUCUUCA